GCGGGACGAACGCUGUUGCGGCGGAAUGAGGAAUGUGGAGCCAGAGAACCGCCUGGGUGACCGAGCUGCGCUGUCGCCGCUCACCAUGAGGGUGUGAUACUGUGUGUGUGUGCGUGUGGGGUCCCGCGGCCCGGUACCGCUUAGUUAUCGUCCGCUCUUUACCUGGUUCGGUAGUGAACGGCCGCCGAGUGUCGGCGAGUGGAGGCCCGACAGGCUGGUACAGUGCACCCUUCGGGGGGGGCGCCCAUGCACGCCGAUGUCCUUUCCCCCGGACCUCUGACCCGAGCCCCGAAGCGCCGUCCACGUGACCUAUGAUUUGCUGCGAGGCCAUGACUGCCGUGAACAUCGCCAGUGACAUUUUACACCGUCAGAUCAGAGAAAAGCGAGCUCUGGGCUUCCAGAGGACGUACCAUGUGACGGACCCCUUCAUCAAGAGGCUUGGCCUGGAGGCGGAGUUACAGGGCCACUCUGGGUGUGUCAAUUGUCUGGAAUGGAACGAGAGGGGAGACUUACUCGCCUCGGGUUCGGACGACCAACACGCCAUUGUGUGGGACCCGCUCCGCCAUCGCAAGCUCAUCACCAUGCACACGGGGCACGCUGCCAACAUCUUCUCCGUCAAGUUCCUGCCUCACACAGGCGACCGUAUCCUGGUGACGGGAGCAGCGGACACCAAGGUGCACGUGCACGACCUGACAGCCAAGGAGACCAUCCACAUGUUCUCUGACCACACCAACCGGGUCAAGCGUAUUGCCACGGCACCCAUGUGGCCCAAUACCUUCUGGAGUGCUGCUGAGGACGGCAUCAUCAGGCAGUACGACCUGAGAGAGAGCAGUCGGCGCUCUGAGGUGCUCAUCGACCUGACCGAGUACUGCGGCCAGCUGGUGGAGGCCAAGUGCCUGGCUGUGAACCCGCGCGACAACAACUACCUGGCGGUGGGCGCUAACGGGCCCUUUGUGCGCCUCUACGACAUCCGCAUGAUCCACAACCACAGGAAGGCGAUGAGCCAGCGGGUGACGGCUGGCGUUCACACUUUCUGUGAGAAGCAGAAGCCCAUUCCUGAUGGGGCGGGGCAGUACUAUGUAGCAGGUCAUCUCCCAGUGAAGCUACCCGACUACAACAACCGGCUGCGGGUUCUGGUUGCGACCUAUGUGACCUUCAGCCCGGACGGAACGGAGCUGCUUGUCAACAUGGGAGGGGAGCAGGUAUAUUUAUUUGAUCUGACUUUCAAGCAGAGGCCGUACACCUUUCUGCUGCCCAAAAAGUGCCACUCGGCAGGAGAGGUGCAGAACGGGAAAACCUCCACCAACGGUGUGUCCAAUGGCAUCCACCUCCCCACCAGUCGCCUCCAGUGGUCUGGCAGGUCCAACAGCAAGCUGUACAGCAGUAACUCAAACGAGCUGCCGCCCCACCUGGAACGCAUCAAGCAGAAGGCCAAUGAGGCAUUUGCGCGGCAGCAGUGGACCCAGGCCAUCCAGCUGUACAGCCUGGGGAUCCACGAGGCGGGCCGCAACGCCAUGCUGUAUGGCAACCGCGCCGCUGCCUACAUGAAGCGCAAGUGGGACGGCGACCACUACGAUGCGCUGCGUGACUGCCUCAAGGCCCUGGCGUUGAACCCGGGCCACUUGAAGGCACAUUUCCGGCUCGCGCGCUGCCUCUUCGAGCUCAAGUAUGUGGCCGAGGCGCUCGAGUGCCUAAACGACUUCAAAGGCAAGUUUCCCGAGCAGGCCCACAGCAGCGCCUGCGACGCGCUCGACAAGGACAUCAAGGCAGCGCUCUUCGCCAAGGCCGAUGCCUCGGAUGACAAGAAGGGCGGCGGCUCACUGCGCUUCCACACGUUCAGCAGGAAGCCGUCCAUCCCGGAGGACGAGGCCGUGCUGAGGGAGCGCAGCUACGACUACAAGCACCGCUACUGCGGCCACUGCAACACCACCACAGACAUCAAGGAAGCCAACUUCUUUGGCAGCAAAGGGCAGUACAUAGUGAGCGGCUCAGAUGACGGCUCCUUCUUCAUUUGGGAGAAGGAGACGACCAACCUGGUGCGGAUCCUCCAGGGGGACGAGUCCAUCGUCAACUGCCUGCAGCCGCACCCCAGUUACUGCUUCUUGGCCACCAGUGGCAUCGACCCAGUCGUGCGCCUCUGGAACCCCAGGCCUGAGACGGAGAGUGAGAAUGGCCGUGUGGUGGAGGACAUGGACGGCGCCUCCCAGGCCAACCAGCGGCGCAUGAACGCUGACCCACUGGAGGUGAUGUUGCUCAACAUGGGCUACCGCAUCACGGGCCUCAGCAGCAGUGGGGGGCCCGAAGGCUCCGAUGACGAAGACACCUCUGAGGGCCAGGUGCAGUGCCGUCCCAGCUAAAGCGGCUGUCCCUCUCCCUGGAUCCAAGACGGCGCGUGCGACUCCUCCACCGGGACUCUGUGUGCGUGCGUGUGUUUUUAUGUGUGAAUGAGAUUGAGUGAGUGAGUGAGCGAAGGAGGAGGGAGAGAAAGGGCAGUAUCCCCCACUGACACACACACACACACACACACACACACACACACACACACACAGUUGUAGUGUCCAGUGAAUGUCUCAGCUUUACACUAUGCACAAAGCCAUGGGAGGACAGGGGCCCAAGCACAGGACUACGGAGGGUGGUGACACAAUCGAUGGGCCAUGAAAGUUCUGCCCAAGUAGGAUGCUUCACCCAUGGAUGCGGGGACACAGGGACAUGUCACGGUCCUCUGGUGAAACAGAGAAGAACGUUCAAACCAAACGAGAUGCGCGUCCCUGUCCUCCCUCCUUUGCCCGUGCGCAGAAGCUGUUGCUGUUCCAAAGACGUCCAGCUGUGCUGCAGACAGCGGCUCCUCUUCAAGGGCCAAUUUCUCCUUUCACCUGUUUGUUUGCUUUGUGUGUGUUGAAGAGGUGGGGUCACUUCAUUGCUCUGCCCGCAGCUUCAUCACGGCACACCUUUUGGGCGUAUCGCCGGUUCUCCAGUUUUGGGAUUUGAGGCGUCGCGCACAUGGAUGUCCUCGUCUUUGGGGCCAGGGUGGUGGGACCUGUGACCUGAAUGGGCUUCGUGUCUAAGACUGUAUGUUCCGGUGUGUGAAUUCUCUAGGCAGAAAGGAAAAAAAAAAAAAAACUUGCAGAACAUUUAUUAGCUUAACUGCUUGAGGUACCUGGUGAAAAGUGCUACAUAGAAGGGAAGAGACACGAGGAGUCAAGUCUUUGUGAUGCAUCGUGACCCAGGCGUGUGGCGCAUAACAUCACGCUGCUUCACUGAGGGAAGGUGGCUAGGGAUGUGCGGUCGAGGAGCGCUGCAGCUCUCGUGGGGCAUGGGGUCGCAUUCUGCUCGAUGGCACAACCUGCCCAGGUUCCACAUGAGCAGCACGAAGUGUCUGAGCACCUCUUAUCUGAUGUUUUAUUUCAGUCUGCAUACUUUGUGUGUGUCCACUUGGGUUGGAGAGCGUCUGGUGGCACUGGGAACCGCUGGGUAGUUGUGGCUGAGUCCUUUGUGCUUCUCAGGCUGCUCUUAGAAGGUUCAGAAUUCUGCUUCUUUCUGGAUCUCAAGCCCGUGGACUGCAGAGGUCAGGCCGCAGAGAGCUGUCGGCAGGGACUGUAGAACAGACCGUAGAACCAUUCAGGGCGCCGGAUCCUGACCCCCUGCAUCUAUGCUUUUAAGAGGCAGUCGGAGAACGUUUGUGGCCAUGUUGUAUUCUGCUUGUGGUCGUUAGUCCUUCUCAUUCAUAGAAUGUGUUGUUGAAGUCGCAUCCCGAGCAGCUUUCCCAUGUUACUGGGCUGUUGCGAGGAGCUAACAGGCAAGUCAGACAGGGCAGGAGACAGGUGGGUGUGAAUGCUGUGGGUCCUGGAGCAGGUUUCCCAUUGCAAACUUGUGGCUCUUCCUUUGUUACCGCGUGAGUUCAGAGCGCAGUAAUGGCACCUCUUUGCCCUUGGUUCUUCACAAAUGGGAAGUGACUCAGUACUUCUGGGUCACAGUCAGAACCUGGCCGAUUCACGUGUCUCUGUCGUGUGCUCAAGGUCCGCCGUAGGCCCAGAACAUUGAAAAAAGUAGAGUGCGAAAGACUGGUUAUCUAACACUAGACUUCCAUGUGAUAUAUUUUUGUUAAAAUAUUCUGUUUUUCAAUGUUUUCUUUGUUCCCUUGGCUCUUCAAUCAGUUUGUUGCAAGAAAAAAAUAAAUGAGAA